AUGGCCAUGGCGGCCCCGAGCGGCCAGGGCCGUUGGAUGCAAAGUGCUGUUGGCUUUGGGGGCUAUCCGGAAUUUCAGAACCGACGUCUCCAGUACGACAAAGAAGAAUCCGAACAGUCGAAGUCCCGCACAGAAUGGACUCUGGAGCAGUCACGGCAGAAGCUGCAGCAGGAUCUCGCGCGAUUGAGGCUGUUCCAUGAGGUGAUGUUACAACUUCACAGAGGCGAUUUCAAGCCACUUCCUGGCAGCGCUUCCGGGAAGAUGACCUCUGCCUCCACGGCCUCGGGAGGUCGAGUGGAGGUUCCCCGGGUGGAGCUGCCAGAACUGCAGGCCCGACGGCUCAAGGCUGGUGGCUGGCAGGGAAUGACGCAGCCGCUGGUUUUUGAUCGGCCUCCUGAUCUCCGCCCCUGUUACACAACUCGUGAUGCCUUGCUGUCCGAGGCCCGGGCCACCGCCGGAUUUCCAACAGCAACAGUUCUCAGCGAUCCUCUCGCAGCACAGUUUGGCCCGUCAAUGCUUGGCGAUGACCGACCGUUCCAAGAGGCGUCUGGCAAGGGGAACUGCUUCACACAGCUGACAGCCGGCAGCCUUUCACCAGGCACGGUUCCGUGGGACUGUUGGCAAUCCAUUCCUGAGUGGAUGCGCUGUUCCAUGGUGGUGGUGUCAACCGGUCCAGGUGGAAACGGGGUUGCCUUCCACAAACACGGAACUGCCUGGCUUGCACUUCAAGAGGGCCGGAAAAGGUGGUGGCUCUAUCCCCCCAGCGGUCCCCCGACAACGGAGGCCUACGAAGCACUCGCUCUCUGCCCAGCUGCCGAGUUGUCGAAGGUUCUUCAAAGACUUCCACCGGAGCAGCGGCCGCUGGAGAUCCUACAACAUGCUGGCGAAUGCGUGUUCGUACCGGCUCUGUGGUGGCAUGCCACCUACGACGAAGUACCAACCCUUGGCAUAGGCUCUCAGUUUAGCAUGGCGGAGGUUGACAUCCUCAAGUGUCAGCAGCAGUACCCGCAAAGUGCCUUUGCCUUGUACCACGCUGCUUGUGAGAUCCACAAGACGGAGGAGAAGAAAGCAAUGGAGCUCUUUGAAGCUGCCAUUGAGCGUGAGCCUUUGAACUUCUAUUUUGCUACAAACCAAGUUUUGUUUUACCUCAACAUGGUGUUCCAUCCGCGUCUUACAAUUUCGAUAAUCAAGCGUCUUCUGGGACGAAUCAAGCAGCUGGACCGACGCCGACAGAUGAUCGUGCAACGAUUCUUUAUUCCCACAGUAUGUAACUUCGUUGAAUGGCACGUGCCUCACGACCGCCUACUGAAAUAUUCUGUCGAGGCAACAGGCUUCGCAUUGGAAUCUUUAGUCUCGCUGCUGCAGCCAUUGCUGCCGGGAGGUGAGGACUUUCGGCUGGGAAACGGAUUGCCUUGGAAUCUGGUCCAUUUGUUGGAAUAUCCCUCGAAGUGCUUUCAUUGUGGUGUCGUUGGAUUCGGGAAACCUGGAGAAGCUGGUAGUGUUCGUGCCCACCGUUUCUUCUGCCUGCGCUGCACAGCUGCGCGAUCUGCAGCUUGUUGCCGGCAGUGUGGUAAAGUUGACAUAAAAGGACAACUCGGCAGGCCAGACUCUGCCUUCGCGCAGAGUUGGUACUGCUCAUCUUGCUGGAUGAGCUGCAAGAAAGGAAGUGACUUUGCACCGGCAAAGACUGGGCAUCUCUUGUAUGGUCAGGAGCAAAAGCUUCUGGCAGAGGUUUGGGACAUCGCGGAUUAG